CGGCCUCACGUUGCAGAAAUGUGUCAAGCGGUUCGGAAUGGAUGACGGUUUAUCUAAGUGACUGGGACAUAAUUCAAAUAAAAUACUUAUAAUACGGACCGGCGAUCAAUUUGAUAUAAUUAUAAUGUUCGGAUAUUGAAGCUGAAACUCACGUGGAGCCAAAAAGUGCUCAAGGCAGAUCCUUACAUGCAACAUUCAGCACUGAUUGAAUGAACACUAAUUUAUUGUCACCACAUGGAACCCAUUCCCUUUGUUGAACAUAUGAAGACCCAUGCUUACCACUGUAUUUGGACAAAUUACUAUUGAUGUGUGACCAAAGCGCGGAGAUGCCUGGAGGUGACAGCGGUCCAGAUGGGGAGGAGCUUGCGUUACCGUCAGCCACAGGAGAAGGUGGAGGGAAGGAGAGGGUGUCGUCAGGGCAACAGGACGGAGGGGCACAGUCAGAGCUCCUCAGGGGGGAGGAGAGCGGAGCUUCAGGUGGAGAAGUGGGGCAGGAAGAUGAGGAGAUGACUAGCGGAUCACAUGACCUCUCUGUAUCGGCCAAUCACAGCCCUGGUAGCGCCACAGGAUCCACCUCAGCUUCAACCAAGAGCAGCGAGAAUAUAGGUGGUGGCAAAGGGCAGGCCCACAGAGAAGUGAUGAUCACAGUGGCUGAGAUGAAGAAGAGGAUUCCAUCAGACAAACGCAGUCGCAGCAAAGCCAGUACUGUGGAGGCCUUACAUUAUGCACUCAACUGUGUCAAACAAGUGCAAGCCAAUAGUGAAUACUACAAAAUGCUGAUGCAAAAUGGCCAGGAUGAGAGGAGAGAUGCCACUGUUUGCACCCUGGAAGAGUUGGAGAGAGUCACUUCUGAACACACCCUUAAAAACACGGACUCCUUCAUAGUGGUUUUCUCCCUGUCGAGCGGCCGCGUGCUGUACGCGUCGGAGCAGGCUCACAGCAUCAUGUGCUGCAAGAGGAAGUUCCUGGAGUCGGCCAAGUUUGUGGAGCUGCUCUUUCACCAAGAUGUUAAUGUCUUCUACUUGCACACGGCUCAGCCGCAUCUGCCACCCUGGAGCAACUCGCACACAGCGGGGGUUCUGUUUGACUGUGCCCAGGUCAAGUCUUUCUUCUGCAGAAUCAGGGGUGGGAAGGACCGAGAGGGUGAGAUGCGUUACAACCCGUUUCGGAUAACACCCUACCUGCUGAAGGUACAGGGGAAAAGAAGCAGUGGGGAAGAGGAGGAACCGUGCUGCCUGGCGCUGGCUGAACGCAUCAUCUCUGGAUAUGAGGCACCUCGGAUCCCCUUGGACAAGCGCAUCUUCACCACCACACACUCUACUGGAUGUGUGUUCCUGGAAGUGGAUGACAGAGCUGUGCCGUUGCUAGGAUACCUUCCUCAGGAUCUGAUUGGCACAUCGUUGCUGACUUGCAUUCAUCCAGACGACCGCCCCCUCAUGCUGUCUAUGCACCGGAAAGUGUUGAAGUAUGCGGGCCAGUCUCCGUUUGAGCAUUCUCCUGUGCGUCUGCGCUGUCAGAAUGGAGACCACAUCACCUUGGACACCAGUUGGUCCAGCUUCAUCAACCCUUGGAGCCGCAAGGUGGCCUUCAUCAUUGGACGGCAUAAAGUCAGGACGAGUCCACUGAAUGAGGAUGUGUUUGCUGCUCCGACGAAGGAGGAUUUCCCAGCCACCCAUGAGGAAAUCAAAGAUCUGCAAGCAAAGAUCUAUAAGCUUUUCCUGCAGCCGGUCCAUAACAAUGGUUCCAGCGGUUACGGCAGUUUGGGAAGUAACGGCUCUCAUGAGCACUACAUCAGCGUAGCCUCUUCAAGUGACAGCAAUGGUAACUUGUGGGAGGACUCACACCGGGAACCGAUGACUUUGCAGCAGAUCUGUGCUGAUGUGAAUAGCGUCAAGAGUUGGGGCCAGCAGGCUUACCUGGGUUCCAGCCACAAAAUUGCUCUACUUGGCAAACCUGACACAGCACGUCUGCCCCCUGCAGCCUCUAACCCUGAGGUCAGAGAUCACGAAGAAGGCAGGAAGCAAACACACAUUCCCUCCUAUCAGCAGAUCAACUGUGUGGACAACAUCAUCAGAUAUUUGGAGAGCUGUACAGGUCCAGCCCUCAAGCGGAAGAGUGACUCUCAUUCCUUGGCCACCUCUUCUUCCUCAUCCUCUACCUCAGAAGAAGACAAGCCUGCUGGAGACACAGCUCAGGCCAGCUCAGAUGUGGUGUUAGACAGUGGGGUGUCAGUGGCCCCUACAGCAGCAGCAGUUGUUGGAGCGCCUCUGACAGACAUCACAAUGUCCACUAAGGCCAUGAGUGUAGUCUCUGUCACCAGCCAGUGUUCGUACAGCAGCACCAUCGUCCAUGUACCACAGCCUGAAUCAGAGGCCACAGCACUUGAGGAUGCCCCUAUAGGCAGUGAGCCUGCUGAUGCUGCCCCGACCCCCGUCCGUCCCGCCCCGAGCCCCGCUACAGAAGAACGAAGGUUUAUAGGUCUUACCAAGGAGGUGCUGUCAGCUCACACCCAGAAGGAAGAGCAAGAGUAUGUGGAUCGAUUCCGCCAUCGCAUUCUCCAGAGCCCCUACAGCUCCUAUCUGCAGCUGGACAACAGCUCUAUGGCUCACUCCCACCACCCAGGCGACUACCUACGUCCAUUGAGUGCUGGUGGGUGGAACCGCUCUCGGAGAGGAAGGCCCAGACACAAGCGUCCCAAACCCCAGGGUUCCUCAGACAGCUACGCUUCCCCACCUGGCCCUCCUCGCCGAGUCCCCAACUCCUCCUGGCCCUCGUCAGAGUCCUCCCAGCCCCAGAUGGGGGCACCCUACACCCAAACAUCCCCACUCCAGACGCCAUUCUUCCACAUGAUGGCAACCCAGCCUGGCCUGGAGCAACCACCCAGACCACAACAGCUGCCUGGAACGACCCCAGUGGUGCAGCCUCCUGACCAAACCCAGUUCAGCUACAACUUCAACAUCAUGCAGUCUGCUCAGAGCCUGCCUGGCAUGCAACUAGUCCAGAUGGAACCCUUUCAGAAUCUGCAGACAAUCCAAAACUUUCACAACCUGCAGCCCAUGGCUCCAGCCCAGAGCAUCAACCCUUACAUGGCUCCUGUCAUGGCUGUCAUCCUGCCCAACUACCCAACUUUCACUGCAGGCUACCCGUCCAUUUACCCGCCGUCUGCUCCUUCCAUGCUGCCCCAGGUACCCAUCAACAUGACAGGCUUUGCCCCUGUCAGUGCACCCUUCCCUCAGCCCCAGUUUCAAGCUCAGCCUGGCCCCCGCAUUCAGACCCCCCUGGGCCCUCUGCUCUGCUCACCCAGAGCCAGCUCCUCUGUUGGGGAAGAGGAGGAGGAAGCUGGGCCUCGGGCUUUAUUCUCCAGCUCUCGCUCGAGUUCUCCACUGCAGCUGAACUUGCUGCAGGAGGAGCUGCCAAAGCCGAGUGAAGGACAGAGCAGCACCGGGCACAACCAUGCUGAGAGCCUCCACGAACAACAUGCCAACCAGAGCGAUAACCCCAGUGAGUCUGGGAACCAUGAUGCCCAGUCUACAUCCAGUGAGCUGCUUGACCUGCUGCUGCAGGAGGAUGCCAGGUCAGGGACCGGCUCCAAUGCUUCAGGGUCUGGGUCAGGGGAGUCUGGAGGCUCACUGGGAUCUGGAUCUGGAUCUGGCUCCAAUGGAACCUCCACCUCACUCACUGGCAGCAGCAACAGCAGCAAAUACUUUGCCAGCAAUGAUUCAUCAGACACAUCACGCAAAGCCCGUAAGAGCCAGGAGGCACCGGCAGAGCACCAACACAGCUUCGACACUCAGGUGGAGAACUCACUGUGGAGCAUGAUCCAGCACACGCCUGAGCACGUCAUGAUAUCGUACCAGAUCCACACCAGAGACCAGAAUGAGGUUUUGGCAGAAGACAGGGAGAAGCUUCGGGUGCUUCAGCCCCUCCAGCCCUGGUUCAGCCAGGAGCAGAGAGAGGAGCUGGCUGAGGUCCAUCCCUGGAUCCAACAGCACACUAUCCCACAGGAGAUAGACACACAGGGUUGUGUGAGCUGUAGCUCAGCUGCAGGGGUCACCCACUCCCCUCACCCUCCUGCCCCCGAUAGCUCGUCCCCUCUGGAGAACCCUCAGCAGGACUCCAUCGGACCUGUGCUGGACACUUGAGAGACCUGGAAGCCAAAACAAUGAACCACCCAGCUCACAGUGAACCAGCCCUGCCAGCAACCUUGACAACUCCCCACCAUGAAUUUCUUCUGACCAAUCCGGAGGAGUUGGUCCCUAUGCUUUAGUUUGAAGUUUAAUGUUUUGUAAAGGUAUCAGUGGCUGGACCAUGCCCUGAGUAACGGAGGAGGCGAGAGAGACGAUCAUUUUCUCUUAGUCAGCCUAAUGUGACUGCCUUUAUCGGACCAUAAAUAUUAUACCUCUCUACUUUUUGUGUUUAUAGACCACUUUAGGGGUUUUAGUUUGUAUUUAGGACUGACCGGAUCCUUUGGCACCAUGAGCCACUUGACACUCAAUAUCGGAAGAGGGUCCCAUGGUUGUUGCCCCUGAACAUGAGCACUGUAUACACACACCCGGUCUGUAGGUUGGGUGGGACUGGGUGACAAGACAAAGACGGUGCUGGCCCAGUUUGUGUAUCAGAACGUACACCAGACUCUUCUCCAGAGACAUGGAGUGCAAGUUGUACAGAAUGUGUACCACAUCAACUCCUUCAACUGCAUAGUAACGUACCAUGGUUGACACAUGGUAGAUUGUUUUUGAUGGACGCUAAGACAAAGAAACAUUUGCUGCUCUGUGUUUAUAAUGUGCAGAUUCUAAUCUUGUAAGUCAAUUGUUGUUGGAGUGUAUUCUCUUAUUCCAUAGGUUGGUUUCCUCUUGUCUAAAACAUCAGUUUUUAUGUUACUCUGACUCACAAACAACAGCAAAUGUGUUUCAAAUGGAAUUUAGUGCUACAACACAAGUCCAAACCUUCCUGUAGCAAGUCCUUUCUCCACCCAGUAUUCUGCCUGGUCAUCACCCUAUAGUACCUGUAGCUUACCUCUAAUUGUAAACAGACACAGCGUGGCCCCAAAUUUCCUCUGAUCCUGGGUUUACUUACUGAAUUCAUUUCCUCUUAGAGAGAGACAAAGAGGAAUUGACUAAGCCAUUGUAGUUAUGUGAAUGUUGUCACACUUUUUCUCGUACUGGAUUCAGAUUUCAGGUGAGUUUGUGAAUGUGUAUGUGCGCUGACUGACUGAGAGCUGCUUCCUUCGACACAGUUGUCCAUCAGUGCAAGACAGACCAGGGUUUUCUACCAUUUUUAGAUUGAAAGUAUAUUACAGUACCAUGUAUUUUAUAGAAAAAGUACACACAACAAACUUCACACAAAGUGUAUAAAAAGCCAUUUGUCUUGAUUUCAGGGACUGUUUGUUAGUGACACAAAGGAAUGAAUAAAUGAACUAUGACCGAACGUGAA